CUUCAGAAACCCUUAGCAUUUCCGCCGCGCCUCCUGCGAGAGUUCCCAUCAACUUCCCUAAAAAUGAAGGUUGUCGCCGCUUUCUUGCUCGCUGUUCUUAGCGGAAAAGCUUCCCCAACCAGUGCUGAUAUCAAGGAUAUCCUCAAUUCAGUUGGUGCCGAAACUGAGGAUUCUAUGAUUGAGCUUCUGUUGAAGGACGUCAAAGGGAAAGAUGUGUCUGAGCUGAUUGCUGCCGGAAGUGAGAAGUUGGCUUCAGUAGGCGGCGGUGGUGGUGGUGGUGUUGCCAUGGCUUCUGCUCCAUCUGCUGGUGGUGGUGGAGGUGCUGCUCCUGCUGCUGAGUCCAAGAAAGAAGAGAAGAAAGAGGAGAAAGAAGAAUCCGAUGAUGACAUGGGUUUCAGCUUGUUCGAGUAGAGCGUAUGCUUGGCUGUCAGUUGUUUUUGUUUUCAUUUUGUAACGUUUUGGGAAUCUCUAUGUUGUUGUUUUCUAGUUUGUACUCGGUCAGUAUCUUUGUCGUUCCUGGAAUUCUCGAGAGAUUUUUACACAAACAUGAUCUUAUAUUUGCAAUCUUAUUCCUUUCUUUGAAAAUCU